AUGUUUACAGCCCCGUCCGCAGCUCCCCCAACUACUUCACUUACGCAGGAUCGACCCAGCGCCCUGCGUGCCCUCCUUAGGCACUACCACACCCACCAUACGCACGGCCAGCCUCGUGCCCCAGGCAUCGCUGAGAGUGCACCUGAGGGGCAGCAGCGCCACCAGACUUCACCGGCACCCCAGACAAAAAGUCGCGCCCGCGCUGCGACAGCAACCCCGCCCGUAUUGCUGUCGUCCUCUCCGGCACGAUCCCACAACACCGUCCGGCCCAGCGCCUCGCGCACUCAGACCGCGCCAGAGGCCGCUUCCCAACCGCCUCUGAUCCCUUCGCCUCCUUCCCUAACCAUGACCCGGACUCGCGCAGAAACGGCGGCUCCGCAACUCACAGUCAGGAAUCAUUCCGGCCCCAUCCCCACGACGCCCACCAUGGCUUCCAUGGCGGCAGACUCAGACCAGGGCGCAUCGAACGAAGCUCCGGCUAUGAAAGACCUCCCGUCCAUAAGGUUCAUUAUGCACCAGGACCCCCGAGCCGCGAGACCUUCGCUUUCCUUCUCCACCAUUACGCGAACACUCCCCGACGAGUCGGCCGUCAUAAAAGUUGGGCGGUACUCAGAGAGGGAUGUACUCCCCGAGGUACCGAAGGACCAACCUUCUGCAGCCGCCGUGGGCUUCAAGUCUAAAGUGGUGAGCCGGAAGCAUUGUGAGUUGUGGUGCAAGAACGGAGAAUGGUGGAUCAAGGAUGUCAAGAGCUCAUCGGGCACGUUUCUCAACCACAUCCGAUUAAGUCAGCCAAACCAGGAGAGCAAGCCGUUCAAGCUCAAGGAUGGUGACAUCAUCCAGCUGGGAAUAGACUUCCGCGGCGGAGAGGAAAUGAUAUUCCGGUGUGUUAAGAUUAGGAUAGAGUGCAAUCGAGGAUGGCAGCAGGCUCUUAAUGCGUUCAACAAACAAACCCACCAGCGACUGCGAAACCUCGGCAAGGCCAAGAAAGAGGGAGACAAUGCUUCAACGCACACCUCCGAAUGUUCCAUUUGUCUCAUGUCUAUCGCGCCGUGUCAAUCACUCUUUGUUGCGCCCUGUUCACACGUGUGGCAUUACAAGUGUAUCCGCCCCAUCCUCAAUGGCCCUACGUACCCAAACUUUCUAUGCCCGAAUUGCCGCGCAGUCACCGACUUGGAAGCCGAUGUUGAUGACCCAGUGGAUCUUGAAGAGUGGGAAGAAGAACCUGUUCAGGAGAAUGGCGAGGUCAAGACAAACGGCGGACCUUCGCAGGAAGAUCGCCACGUGACGCCCAAGGCCUCCACUAACGGACUUAGUUCGCUUGAUGAAGAUGAGUGGGCUCCGAACAGUCACAUCAGCUUUGGCGACUUGGAAGCCGCGAUAUCAAAUAUUACCAUUUCAGGGUCCACAAACGACUCCGGGAUCGCGCCAGCUGCCGAUCCUUCCACGCCACAACGAAGUCCAGUACCUUUCGCUUCCUCAUCUGUCACACAACCAGUAGCCAUCAACGUCAUAGCAGCGAACGAGAGCGUUGGUCUUACGCCUCUCCACAACAGGUCGUCGAACAGUUCGGACGGCCUAAGUCCGAAUGGCGCCCCCGAGGGUCCCAUGACCCCACGCAACGACGCCGGACCGUUUGUGCUCGACGGCAGUGGCAGCACUGGACGGGCUGCUGGGCAGCGCUUCCGUGACGCAGAGCCAGCAACUCCAGACUACCAAAUACGGGCGUGA